CAAGACCAGUGUGUAAGUAAGUCUUUUAGCCCUUUUAUUCCCCCACUGAAGAAGAAGAUAACUAAGUUCUUGCUCACUUGAUUCCAAGUAGAUGCACUCGAGCUUCAGUAUCACCUUGAUAAGUAUAAUUUGAGUAUCAAAAUCAAAUUAUAAGGCUCACGCAUUAACAACUACUUACUUUCAUCCAACUACAAAUAAAAGCUCAUAAAAAAUCAUGAGUCAACAGGGGGCUCUACACGAAAAAUCCAGCUUCGACGACCUCUUCGUCGCGGAGCUGCCGAAGGAGAGAGUUCCGCGGCAAAAGACGCCCCUUCGCCGGUAUUUCAACGACACGUUCUUCCGUCGCCAGGUUCUGCGGAAUGCCGUGCGCCCCGGCCGCUUUGUCGUCGGAAAGUUCUCGGAGGCCGACAGGCUGAUCGGCCUCGGAGAAGACUAUCCCAGCGACUUGGAGGACGAAGUGGCUUCCUCUAGCUCGGAGUCGUCCGCGGAGGAGGGUGAGAUCGAUGCAGCGAAGGGCCUUCUGAAAAUAAAUGCGAAGGGUGAGACAGGUCGGAACAAAAAAACCGAGGACCAAGAUAGAAGUGGCACCAGUAAAGCCGUCCAUCUUUUUUAUUCCGAACGCGUGAGCAGCCCAGGUCAGAAUCCGCGGUCCACGCAACAAGUGCCCGAGCAGCCGCCGAGCUUCGUCGGAGAUAGAAAUCGGAAAAGCACCGUCAACUUUCCGGCCGCUUCUAUGGUUAUGCGGGCGAGUCAAGAUCAGGAACACGGGACUGUGAAUUACCCAGCUUCUUCAACCUCCAACAUACGCGCUUCGCAGGAUGGCACCGUGAACUUUCCGGCGUCUGACACCAUGCGCACUUCUCCUUCCCAGGUGGACCACGGCACUGUAAACUUUCCGGCGUCCUCAUCCAGUGGCCGGCCCUCUACUUCCAUCGUGGAGAAAACGACUGGCGAGCUUUUCGAGAACGUGCUCUCCGCGCACCUGCAGCAGCAGCAACAGCAGGGUACCGCCGACGUGGCGCAACUGUACGCGACCGGGCAACGGGCGUUCGCGGAGUUGGAAAAGCAGUCGCAGCAGCAGAGCAACUACUUGCUGAAGACAAAAGCCGAUUUGAACGUCGAAGUUCUGGACCGGUUGAACCUGGUGGAACGGGAGCGGGACCUGGCGUAUCGCACGGAGCUGGGGAACCAGCGUCGCGGGUUCUCCACCAUCCUGAACCGGCUGGCGCAGCAGCACCGGGCGGACCUGCUGCAGGAGAAGCAGAAGGGCAAGGCGCAGCUGCAGGCGCAGAUUGACGCCGACGACAAGCGGUACCACGCACUGAUGAAGAAGGACCAGAUGAAGUUCGACGACCUGUUCCUCCAGGAGCAGGAGCACGCGGACAAACUGCUGAACAUGGAGAAAUCCGACGAGGGCGUGCAGCGGGACCGCAACUCCAUUUUCCUCGAGCUGCAGCGGCUGAAGCAGACGGACUUCUCCAAGCCGAUCCAGGACGCAAACAGCGCCUACAAGGAGUUCGAGCGGAUGAAACAGGAGGAGUACCUGCGGGCCUUGAAAGAGUUGCGGUCCGAGGACAGCGAGGAGCUGCUGAAGCAGCGGGAGGCGAUGAACGACAACCUGGUCCUGCUCGUGUCCGAGUUCCACGCGGCCAACGAAAAGCGGCAGGCGGAGAUGGAGAACCGCAUGUGGGAGUUGAUGAACGGCCAGAUGCUGAACGUGGUGGAGGCGCUCGCAAAGUUGCAGCCUCCGGAGCAGAAGUCCAGCCGUCGCAACGCCUGGGGUCGCGGACCCGGCGGUGCGGGGCAAGCGGCCUACAUGCGCUACAAUAACGCUGGUGGAGCCCGAGUCGGCGGGGCCAGCAACGACGGGGAUCAUGCGGAGGAUCUUCCGCAGGGCUUUAAUUAUCGGGAACAGCGGCCCUGGGGCCAGAGUCCCAAGUGGACCUUGCUGGACGGCCCGAAAUUCGACCAGGAAAAGUACUGGACGCAAACCAUCAUACCGGUCCCAAAGGAAAUGCAGCUCGACGCAGACUCCGACGCAACGUCCGACUGUUUGGUCUCCGUGUCCGCCGAAUCGGAUUUGGAGGUACGCGAAAAGGCAAUAGCCUCGGGCGGAGCAAAGCUAACACGUGCCAGGGGGCCGGAGGGAUGGUACUCUAACUAUGUUUGUUUGCUCUUUUGAGUUUUGGUAUAAGUACAUGGAAAGGCGACGAUGCAUUGCAGUUUGGUGCGCGUGUUGUAGUGCAGCUGAUUCAGUAUUAAUUUGUAUGUCAAUCCGUUUCCGUCUGUUGAUUCCAUUGAUGCUUUCAUCUUCACUACGUUUACGUAAAUCGUAUGUAAUCAACAGGGCCUUCCCCGCGGAGCGCGAUUCGUCUCCUCCCGCACCGGGUUUUGGGGCCCGCAGAAGUACGAGAACCAGCUCAAGUGCGCAGGUUGCAGUGGGUGUGCCCGUUCCGGAAAAAAAGAAAAGCAGUGUAAGAGCCAGCAACAGUGGUCGACGGGGAAGUUCUGCAGGAUCGUAUUCUUACCCGCAACCGGCGGACGAGCCGUGGCUUCCGACGAAGCGCGGGGUAGCGUCAACCUCCAGCGACUUCCAGAAUCUAUGGACGAAGUCAUAGAGCUGAUCUACCGAUCGUACAGUUAGCAUGUGUAGAGCAUUAGCAGUCCGUAAUUCUUUCCCUUUUCGUUUUGGCUUUGAUGUAUAAAACGGGGAAUUUGUAUUUGAUUUCCCCCUCUCCCGGGAUGUUUUUCAUCGAUCUGCGACUGCUUCGUAACCUAGACCUAGAUUUUUUACCGAUUCAGCUACACUACUCUCUUGCAUAUAUGUAGGCUGACGAGCUGCAGCUGCAUAUGACGUUUAUCUGUACUGUUUUGCUACCUUUGAGAAGAAUGUUCGUUCUAACUUGUUGACACUGACUGUGACUUCAUCCUUACACUUCUACAGUAGCCAGAGUGACAACUAUCAUGCUGCUCCCGGAGAAGCAGUGACGUGAGUGUCAACAUGUCGCGGAAUUUCCCGGAUCGUUUCGUAUGGACAGUGUUGAGGAUUUCGCUUUUACUUUUUGUUCGUUGUUGAGAAUGGAGUCCGGAAUGUCGUGGUCAACGCAGACUAACCAACAGGAGGAACACCACGUCGCGCAGCGCUGUGUUCGAUCAUGAUGCCGAUCGUUUUCCAUUUUUUUUCGGCGUUUUUUCUUGAAGGGGAACCUUUUCGCUUCUAAUUCUCCUGCACGGGUGUACGCUGCCUACACCCGUUGGGAAUGCUAUUUACCGUUGUG